AGAAAUAAAUCGGUGUUGAAGGAGGAAGAACAGACACUUCUCUAGCUCUCUUUCUCUCUACCCCGGGAGUCGAUGAUAAAUCUAGAAGCAGGCAUGGAUUGCGUAGCAUGGAGGGGCUUCGUGUACACCAUAUUCAUCCUCAAUUUCGUCUUCGCUUGCCAACUCCUCCUCCUCCCUCCCCUCGUCUCUGCCGUUGGUGACAAACCUGGCAAUUCUGCAGAGUUGUUUGAGAGAGUUUCACAAAGUGUAAAGGUGAAACGGUAUAGUGAGGCACUUGAUGAUCUUAAUGCUGCUAUAGAGGCUGACCCAACCCUUUCAGAAGCAUAUUGGCAUCGAGCAUCCAUUCUACGCCAGAUCUGCAGAUAUGAGGAAUCUGAGAAGACCUACAAGAAGUUUCUGGAGCUAAAUCCUGGAAAUUCAGCAGCAGAAAAGGAACUUUCUCAGUUGUCUCAAUCCCAGAGUGCUUUGGAUACAGCUUCAAAUCUUUUUGAGACAGGAGGCUUUACAAAAGCAUUGGAUUAUAUUGACAAGGUUGUACUUGUUUUUUCUCCGGCAUGUGCAAAGGCAAAACUGCUGAAGGUGAAGUUAUUGUUAGCUGCUAAAGACUACUCGAGUGCCAUCUCUGAGACUGGAUAUAUGCUCAAAGAAGAUGAGAAUAAUCUAGAAGCACUAUUGCUCCGAGGCCGUGCCUAUUAUUAUUUAGCGGAUCAUGAUGUUGCAAUAAGGCAUUAUCAAAAAGGUCUCCGUCUAGACCCAGAACAUGGUGAACUGAAGAAAGCGUAUUUUGGUUUGAAAAAUUUACUGAAGAAAACUAAAAGUGCAGAAGAUAAUGUGAAUAAGGGUAAGCUGCGUCUUGCAGUGGAGGACUUUAAAGGAGCCCUUUCCCUGGACCCUAAUCAUCUUGCACAUAAUGUGCAUCUUCAUCUUGGUUUAUGUAAGGUUUUGGUCCAGCUUGGUAGGGGAAAGGAUGCUUUAAUUAGUUGCACAGAAGCACUUAACAUCGAUGAGGAUCUCAUUGAUGCUCUAGUUCAGAGGGGGGAAGCCAAGAUUUUGACAGAAGAUUGGGAGGGUGCUGUAGAAGAUCUGAAAUCAGCAGCUCAAAGAUCACCUCAGGAUAUGAACAUUCGAGAAGCACUUAUGAGGGCUGAAAAAUCUUUGAAGUUGAGCAAACGGAAGGACUGGUACAAGAUUUUGGGAGUUUCUAAAACUGCAUCUGUAUCAGAGAUAAAACGUGCUUACAAGAAGCUCGCUUUGCAGUGGCACCCAGAUAAGAAUGUAGAUAAUAGAGAAGAAGCAGAGGCACAAUUCCGGGAAAUAGCUGCUGCAUAUGAGGUUCUUGGGGAUGAAGAAAAACGUACAAGAUAUGACAGAGGGGAAGACAUUGAAGACAUGGGUAUGGGUGGUGGUGGUGGCGGCUUCAAUCCAUUUGGUGGUGGUGGACAGCAAUUCACAUUUCACUUUGAAGGGGGCUUUCCUGGCGGAUUCAAUUUUUGAUUACGGUGAAGUAUGGCUAUAUGUCACCUGAUCUGUCCAGAAAGAAGAGUAGUCUCUUGUAGUUGUUUACUCGAAGUUUCCCCCAUUGCCUAUUGACCAACUGCUGACAGGUACAUGGAGGCCAAUAUGAUAUGCUAUACAUGCAAGGCUUGUUACAUGAAAAUUGUGUUCCCUUGUGAAAGUUUUGAUUGGCGGAAUACUAAUUUAGGAUGUUGUAUGAGUUGAUCAAAAGAAAUAUACGAGUCCUUGUUUAGUCAUAUCAUUUGUUAAAUGGAUACUUCCAGAAUGAUUUAUUUUGGACCUGCCACACAAUUGAUUUGUAUGAUGCUAGAUAUUUGUUCCAUUUUAUUCAACAAAGCAAAAGAAGACAUGGAAAAUGCUGAGCUCAA